AUGUGCACCACCUACACGACAUACUACAGCUGCGGCCACCUCCGCAACCAGCGACUCAUCCGCUGCGCCCGCCGGCACGAGCACCUGCUCACCACCGUGCGCAACACCGACUACACACUCGACUGCCGCAGCUGCGCGCAGCAGCGCCGCCGGCGCAGGUGGUGGCAUGAUGCGUCAGACGACGGCAGCGUCGACCUCAACCUCGACCUCAACCUCGACGUCGACGUCGGGCGUCGUGAUGACCGCGACUACUACGACUACGAGUACGAGUGUUACGAGCGCUCGUACCGGCACUAUCCGUGGCGGGAGAGGGAGUGGAGGCGGUGGUUGUUGAUGUUGGAUUGA